CCGCCAUCAUUGAAUGUGGAGGCAGAGUUGAGUGAAAACGGCGGCGGAUUGUCAACAACUAAUCGAGGAGAGGGGACACUCACUUACGGGGAAGGUCAAGUGGAAGCUGACAGUCGGCUCCACCAACUUACUCCUUUGUCCCUUCCCAGAGAAGAUUUUCAUGUAAAUAGUUACAGUUAAAGAAAGAAACCCAAGUAUGUCCAACCUUAGCAAAGGCGGCCCCAAGAAGGACACCAAGAUGAGAAUACGAGCUUUUCCUAUGACUAUGGAUGAAAAGUACGUAAACAACAUCUGGGACCUUCUGAAGAAUGCCAUCCAGGAGAUCCAGAGGAAGAACAACAGCGGCCUGAGCUUCGAGGAGCUCUACCGGAACGCCUACACCAUGGUGCUGCACAAGCACGGGGAGAAGCUGUACACAGGCCUGCGGGAGGUCGUCACCGAGCACCUCAUCAACAAAGUACGAGAAGACGUGCUAAACUCCCUCAACAACAACUUCCUGCAGACUCUCAACCAGGCGUGGAACGACCACCAGACGGCCAUGGUCAUGAUCAGAGACAUCCUCAUGUACAUGGACCGGGUAUACGUGCAGCAGAACAACGUGGAGAACGUCUACAACCUGGGCCUGAUCAUCUUCCGAGACCAGGUGGUGCGCUACGGCUGCAUCCGAGACCACCUCCGGCAGACCCUGCUGGACAUGAUCGCCCGCGAGAGGAAGGGAGAAGUGGUGGACAGGGGGGCCAUCCGUAAUGCCUGCCAGAUGCUGAUGAUUUUAGGCCUCGAAGGGAGGUCCGUUUACGAAGAAGAUUUCGAGGCUCCGUUUUUAGAAAUGUCAGCUGAAUUUUUCCAGAUGGAGAGCCAGAAGUUCCUUGCUGAGAACUGUGCCAGCGUCUACAUCAAGAAGGUGGAGGCGCGCAUCAACGAGGAGAUCGAGCGGGUGAUGCACUGCCUGGACAAGUCCACGGAGGAGCCCAUCGUGAAGGUGGUGGAGCGCGAGCUCAUCUCCAAGCACAUGAAGACCAUAGUGGAGAUGGAGAACUCGGGCCUGGUCCACAUGCUCAAGAACGGCAAAACGGAAGACCUGGCUUGUAUGUACAAGCUGUUCAGCCGAGUGCCAAACGGCCUGAAGACCAUGUGCGAGUGCAUGAGCUCGUACCUGCGGGAGCAAGGCAAGGCCCUGGUGUCAGAGGAGGGCGAGGGCAAGAACCCUGUGGACUACAUCCAGGGUCUUCUGGACCUGAAGUCUCGUUUCGACCGCUUCCUCUUGGAGUCCUUCAACAAUGACCGCCUCUUCAAGCAGACCAUUGCAGGCGACUUUGAGUACUUCCUCAACCUGAACUCCCGCUCGCCGGAGUACCUGUCCCUCUUCAUCGACGACAAGCUCAAGAAGGGAGUCAAGGGACUGACAGAACAGGAGGUGGAGUCCAUCCUGGACAAGGCCAUGGUGCUGUUCCGCUUCAUGCAGGAGAAGGACGUGUUCGAGAGGUACUACAAGCAGCACCUGGCCAGAAGACUCCUCACCAACAAGAGCGUCUCCGACGACUCUGAGAAAAACAUGAUCUCCAAACUCAAGACCGAGUGCGGAUGUCAGUUCACCUCUAAACUGGAAGGCAUGUUCAGGGACAUGAGCAUCUCAAACACAACCAUGGACGAGUUCCGGCAGCAUUUACAAUCAACUGGGGUGUCUUUAGGUGGCGUGGACCUAACAGUAAGAGUUCUCACUACAGGAUACUGGCCCACCCAGUCAGCCACACCCAAAUGCAACAUCCCCCCCUCACCCAGACAUGCCUUUGAGGUCUUCAGAAGGUUCUACCUGGCUAAGCACAGCGGCAGACAGCUCACCCUCCAGCAUCACAUGGGUUCCGCGGACCUCAAUGCCACCUUCUACGGCCCUAUCAAAAAGGAGGACGGUUCAGAUGCAGGCGUCGGCGGAGCCCAAGUAACGGGCUCCAACACCAGGAAGCACAUACUGCAGGUGUCCACCUUCCAGAUGACCAUCCUGAUGCUCUUCAACAACAGAGAGAAAUCCACUUUUGAGGAGAUCCAGCAGGAGACGGACAUCCCUGAGCGGGAGCUGGUGCGGGCGCUGCAGUCUCUGGCCUGCGGGAAGCCCACGCAGCGGGUCCUCACCAAGGAGCCCAAGUCCAAGGAGAUCGAGAACGGACACGUGUUCACUGUCAACGACCAGUUCACCUCCAAACUGCACAGAGUAAAGAUCCAGACAGUGGCUGCCAAGCAGGGCGAGUCGGACCCAGAGCGCAAGGAGACGCGGCAGAAGGUGGAUGACGACAGGAAGCACGAAAUCGAGGCGGCCAUCGUGCGCAUCAUGAAGUCCAGAAAGAAGAUGCAGCACAAUGUUCUAGUUGCAGAGGUAACCCAGCAACUGAGAGCGCGAUUCCUUCCCAGCCCUGUGGUGAUUAAGAAGCGCAUUGAAGGACUUAUUGAGAGAGAGUACUUGGCAAGAACACCCGAAGAUCGCAAAGUGUACACAUAUGUAGCAUAAAGAAUGCAAAAUACAGUGACGUGGAAAACGAAAA